AUUCUAAUUAUUUAUCACCAGAGAUUAUACAAGCUUUGCAAUUAUUAUAUUUAAAAAUAGAAAAUCUAGCUGUUUCAAAUAAUUUUUAUGAAAAUGUUUUAAAAAUUUUUAAAUGUUCUAAUGCAAGUUUACAUUUAGUAAAAAAAAAACUACAGCAGUUAGUAAGUUUUGAAGAAACAAAAGUUGAAAUGUGUAUAAAUUCUUGUCAAGCCUUUACUGAAGAAUUUAUUGAGGACAAUAUAUGUCAAAUUUGUGGUGAAUCACGAUAUGAUAGUAAAGAAAACCCAAGAAAAUUUGCUAUUUACUUUCCAUUAAUCCCAAGAUUAAGAAUUCAAUAUGCAGAUCCAACUUGUGCAAAUCAAUUAAGAUAUCGUGCUAAUUACAAACAGGAUAAUGAAACUAUUAGAGAUAUUUAUAAUGGCAAGUUAUAUAAAGAAAUAUUGGAAGAAGGACUAUUACCUGAUGAUCGUGAUAUA